AUGGGUAGGUCAGAAACAGUGGAGACCCAAGACUCAGUGCUAGAGCUCGACACGGGGCUCUUUGACGGGAACGAUUUCGGAGAAACCUACAUCAGAAAAGCGCUAGUGCUUAACCAUGCUCUUGACAAAAUCGGUUUUGGCCGCUACCAAGUGGGCCUUUUUAUAGUGGCUGGUUUUGGUUGGUUCCAGGAUAAUGCCUGGCCGUCGGUCACAGCGUAUAUUUUACCCCGGUUGAUUGAGGUGGAUGGUGUCCACUAUCCAGAGGGAAGAUCACCAUAUUUGCUUUUGUCGCAGAGCUUUGGUCUUUUGGCGGGAGCCGUAUUCUGGUCCUUUUCUGCCGAUAUCAUUGGCAGACGGUGGGCGUUCAACAUCACUUUCUUGAUCAUUGGUAUUUUUGGAAUCUGUUCUGGAGCUAGUCCCAAUUUCGCUGCUGCUGGCUGUUUUUGUGCUUUGUGGAGCUUUGGCGUCGGUGGGAACUUGCCUGUGGACUCUGCUAUUAUGCUUGAAGCACUACCUACAAACAAAAAAUGGCUCUUGACCGUGAUGUCUGUGUGGUGGGCAAUUGGACAGGUUGUGUGUGCACUUAUACUGUGGGGGUUGAUUUCCAACUACAGCUGCAGCGACUCGAGCAACUGCUCGGCCAAGGACAACAGAGGAUGGCGGUACUUUGUUUACACUCUUGGAGGGCUCACGUUGGUGAUGUUUUUGGCAAGGUUCUUGACGCCAGUUUACGAAAGUCCCACGUUCCAUAUGGGCAGGGGAAACGAUGCCAAAGCAGUCGAGAUUAUUCACAAAAUUGCCCACAUCAACAGAACGGUGCUGGCAUUGACAGUGGAGGACUUGCAAAUCGUGGACGACGAUGUCCAGCUAGAAAGAGAAGUAGGGGCACAAAACAAGGGCAAUCAGCUCUUGAGAAACAGAAUCAAAAAGUACAAUCUCUCGAGAAUCCGCCAGUGCUUUGGAUCUCGCCGGCUUGCUCUUUCUUCCAGCCUUGUCAUUCUUUCGUGGGGCCUUAUUGGCCUUGCUUUUCCUUUGUACACUGCCUUUCUUCCGACGUACUUGGAGCAAAGAGGCCUGGCAAAUAAGCAGCUCAGUGUUGGCGAAACAUACAGAAACACCUUGAUCGUGGCGGUUGUGGGUAUUCCAGGAGCCAUCAUAGCAGGCAUUAUGGUUGAACUACGUACGGGGAGAAAAGGUGUUUUGUUCCUUUCUCUAAUCUUGACUGGGGUGGUUCUUUUUGGUUCCACCACUGCAAAGACGCCAGACUCGUAUUUGGCAUGGAAUUGUUUCUUCUCUUUCUUCUCCAACAUCAUGUACGGGACUUUAUACGCUUACACGCCCGAGAUCUUCCCAACAAAGAUCCGAGGAACUGCUGUUGGGCUUGCUGCGUCUGCAAAUCGAGUGUUUAGCGUCUUUUCUCCCAUCAUAGCGAUUUUCGCCGACUUGACGACUCCAGCGCCAAUCUACACGUCCGGGGCGUUGUUUUUGGUUUCUGCGUUUCUCGUGUUGCUCUAUCCUUAUGAGCCCCAUGGAAAACACAGUUUGUAA